UUUUGUCACUGUAUAAGAUUAGCCUCUUACUAUUUGUGUCGCUAAACAACGUUUGGACGAUGGAAACGAAACGUCUCGCAAAUUUGGUAGCAAUUUUGCUCAGUGUUCUGAUUGUGGGUUUGAUCAAAACUCAAAAAGAUAAUGAGAAUACUUUUGGCAUAUUCAGGGAGAAGUCUUACUACUUCGGUAACACAUUCAAGCUAAACUGGCACAAAGCAGUGGAAUAUUGCCGUACCCGUGGUAUGUUCCUGGUGUCGAUCAAUAACGCAGAGGAACUUGAUGGCGUUGUGGAUUAUAUCGAGAAGAGUGGAUUUUCAAAAACGCACGGCCUGCUACACAUGUGGACCUCGGCGAACGAUCUCGGCGAGGAGGGCCAAUUUUUCUUAGCCUCGACCGGCCAACGGUUGACGUUCGAUCGAUGGACAAAAAACGAACCGAACAACGCAAAGCACGACAACUGCACGUUUGAACAUUGUGUCGUUCUGGAGUACUAUUUACCGCUGGGUAUUAACUACACGUUUGACGAUAGGCCAUGUAAUGCUGAAAACUUUUUCAUGUGUGAAACGAUAUAUGACUAAACAUGAGGCACUCGGGAUGGAUGUUAAAAUGAUAACAAAAAAAGUAACCCAACAACAGAGCUAUAGCUUUAUCUUAAGGAUGAAUUGGAAAAGUUAAAUUUAUAAUUGAAUAAAAUAUGGAAAGGUUUACAAUGGAUUAGAAAUAUAAGCUUAAGAAUGGUUCUUUUCUUAAAUAAAAAAUGUGAUAGUGAAACAAACUUUCCGGGGAAAUGAUAAUAAACAUUUCUA